AUGUCAUUAAGGCCUGUUAUGGUGAUUAAUUUGACUGCUGGCGAGCAUAAAGAUGAGACUCUGUUCUCCCAAGUCUCCCAUUAUCGAUCAUGGACCAAAUACACACUCACUCGCCACACUAAAGCAGUCAAUGUAUUGGCUGUGAGCAUGCAUAGAGCAUUGCUUCUAACCGGAGGCAAUGAUAAUCGAAUAGUUGUAUGGAGUCUUGCAUCGGGUGAAAUGAUUCAAGAAAUCUUCGCACCGGCUUCAGGUUUUAUUAGUGCCAUCACUUGGAUGGACGUUGACGACCGAGGAGAAACAACCUUCGCAUUCGGGGCUUCGGAUGGUAAUAUCCAAGUGUAUGAACGGAUCGAUAAUGUACUAUUUCAAUUCCAGAGCAUCACGCCCGGUCACACAGGUGCGGUGGAGUCGCUUGCCUGGGAUCCUGUCCAUUGUCGGCUGGCGAGCGCCGGUGAUGGUCACCCGCAUGUAUGGAAUUUCACUUCAGACAGAACCCUCAAGACCAUUACCUCACAGCUCGACAAGCAGCCGUACAUUGCGCGCACGGUACACUUUUACGAUAAUGGGGCAUCAUUGCUAGUAUCAUUCCUGGAAAGCAGUGAAGUAUUCUGCUAUUCUGUUGAACCCUGGGAUUUAAAGUGGCGCAAGAAAGUGCAAGGAAGAAUUGGCAAUACUGCACUCGAGGGCAAUUUUCUGCUCAUGAGCAAUCUCAAAGACAGGGUGGACAAAUACAUGGUUCCUACCCUCCAGCACGUCCAGUCUUAUAGUCACGUCAUCAUUCGCAAUGUUCCUUUGCAGAUUUCAGUUGCGCGACAGGCGGGGCUGAUCUUCAUUGGGGGUGAUGAUGGUUUCACUCGUAUAUUCAAUUAUAGUACAGGGGCAUUUCGAGGGCAGUUAGAACACGGCAAUCCGAGCGAUCAGAUUAUUCCUGUGACCUCGCACGAGGGGUGUGCUGGUUGCACCGUUGUUACUGGCAGCUGCUUCAAUGGGCACAGUAGUGUUAAGGUUUGGGAGGAGGACGAAUUGGUUCGUGGCUUGAAUAUAUUUUGUGGCGACAUCUAA